AUGUACUGUCCUGCCCUGCUGGCCCUGUUGGUGUCCUGGGACAGCGAGUUUCUCGACUGCAUAGACUCCGUGGCACAGGCAGACCCCUCCCAGGGGGUCUCACAGUCCCUCGCCUGCUGCCCCCUCCAUCUCCUCGUCCUCUGCCUGCAAGCCCAGCAUGUGAGGGAGCAGAGCCUGGUGACGGAUCAGCUCAGCCGGCGGCUCGUCCGUACCUACCAGCUGUACAGCCGGACCAGCGGGAAACAUGUGCAGAUCUUGGACAACAAGAAAAUCAAUGCGAUGGCAGAGGAUGGGGAUGUGCACGCCAAGCUCAUCGUGGAGACAGACACCUUUGGGAGCCGCGUGCGCAUCAAGGGGGCGGCCACAGGUUUCUACAUCUGCAUGAACAAGAAGGGGAAGCUGAUCGGCAAGAGCAACGGCAAAGGCAAGGACUGUGUCUUCACGGAGAUCGUCCUGGAGAACAACUACACGGCGCUGCAGAAUGCCAAGUACGAGGGCUGGUACAUGGCCUUCACCCGCAAGGGCCGCCCACGCAAGGGCUCCAAGACCCGGCAGCAUCAACGGGAGGUACACUUCAUGAAGAGGCUUCCCAAGGGCCACCAGACCACCGAGCCCCACAGACGCUUUGAGUUCCUCAACUACCCCUUCAACCGGAGAAGUAAAAGGACUAGAAACUCCAACUCCAGGGCGGGCCCUUGA